GAAAUAGGGAGCGAUGUUCAAUUAGUUUUUAUUUUCCAAUUAAACAUAUACGAUUUAUAUUGUUAUUUAGGUAAAAUAGUUGAAAGACGAUCCGAAACAAUGGAACCUGAUUCAAAAGACAAACAACAGACUGAGCAAGCAGUGUGUAAAAAGUAUGAUCCCCUUUCACCUGGUAAAGAACCUGAUGAAUUCAUUGUUACGAAUGUAUCUCAUAUUCCAGACAAAUCAAGCACAAGGAACAAAAAAUUAUCAGUUCGGAAGAUGUCCGAAUGCAUCCUGAAAGCACUAACCCAACAUAUGAAUGUGUUGAGUGAGAUUACAUUUGGAGAGCAUCAAGACAUGCUUCUUGAUCCUUACAUGGCUGAAAUAGCAAGUUUAAUUCUCAAAAGAAAAAGAAAGAUCAGUCUUGGCAUAUUUACAAGAAUCAAUGAAAAAAGUGUACAAGCUUUGGGACGUUGCCUUCAAAAAAUCAACAGGUUAUCAGUAGAUGAGCAACUCCUUUUACCACAAGCUGUUUUCAUCUUGCGUGAAUAUGUUGAACACCUAUCCAACCCCCAGGGAUUAACAAUAAAUGGGAGAAGUGUUGCCACCUGGUUAAAUGAAUGGAAAAUUCACGCUGGUCAACCUCAGGAUAAGGUGGUUCAAAUUUUACAGCUUCUUCUUGGAAAGAUUAAAACAUUAAUAAUCGCGGAUGUAAUGACAUAUGAAAUCAUGGAUGGUCUCGUUCCACAUCUUUAUGUGUUGGAUGAGGUUGAAUUUGGAGAGAAUGGAAAAGACAUAAACCUUGACUGUUACAUGGACCGUAUAAGACAGUUAAUUCUUAAAAGAAAAGAAAAGAUAAGCCUUGUUGUACGAACAAAAAUCUGCACAUUUAAUAUGAAGUUAAUAUAUUUUACCUAUGAAAAAAUCAAAAGCCUUACAAUUGAUGAGAAAUACCUUUCCGCUGGUGGACGUGUCAUGUUACAUGAUGAUAUUUUACGUCUUCCCCAAGAUGAAAGUAUACAGGUUUUGAAAGUCAAUGGUUUGGAUGCCAAUAUCUGGGCAAAGAAAUGGUUCAUGUAUGACUGGAAACCAGAAGAUAAUCAGAGCAACACUCUAUUCUGGUUAGAAUGCUGUGUUCAGGUCAAAGGCGUGGGGAUUUUAAUUGACAUGACAGAUAAGAUCAUGGAAACUCUUGCUCCAAUGCUGGCUGAGGUAUUGCAUGAAAUUCAGUUUGGGAAUGCGGAGACAGGUGCAGACAUAAACCUUGACAGAUAUAUGGUGUGUGUAACAACAUGCAUGCUUCAAAGAAAAAAAAAGAUUGUUUUUAAAUUGUUCACUGAACUAAACGCAAUAGGUAUACACUGUUUAGGUAAAUGCCUACCAAAAAUCUAUACGUUAUCAAUUUAUGAGGAGCUUCUUUCACCAUUAUGUCGUAGCAUCUUAUGCGAAUUUGUUCGCAGACUUCCCUGGCCUCACCAACAGGUAAGCUAUUAGUAAACAUUUGUCUGGCACCGUGGCAAAGUAGUUAGCGCGCUCGUGUCUAACCCAGGGGUUACGAGUUCCGGGCUUCUCGCUGCUACCAUUGUGGACGUUUUUUACGGAAAUUGCUCCGACCACUUAUGGGUUGCUUAAAUUUGAAGCCAUUCUCAAAAAGUUUCAAAUGUGGUAACUUGCUAGUGAGCAUAAGGUGAAUAAAACAACAUGUUAUAAUGAUUGUUAAC